CUAAAAAUCCUCUCUUUCUCACUCCUUUCCAGCCGACGGCCUUUGUCUGCACCUUCUCAUACUCUCUCUCUCUCUCCUUUUUUUUAUAUUAUUAUCUCAAACUCUUUCUUUCUUCCAUUUGAUGACCUCUUAGGUCUUUUUCUUUCUUUAACCUCCGUUAAAUUUUCAACGAGUCAUGGCUUCCCCAGUCGGUGAAGGGGGAGAGAGGGACUUGGAAAAGGGACUAAUGCAUCCGCAACAAAACCAAAACCCUCUUGCAGAAUCCUCUCCAACACCAUCACCGUCCUCAACAUCAUCAGCUCCAGCCCUAGUUCUAUCCAACUCUGGAAAACGGAUUGAUCAGGCAGGAAAAAAGAAGUAUGUAAAACAAGUAACUGGGCGCCAUAACGACACUGAGCUGCACUUGGCGGCUCAACAUGGUGAUUUGGCAGCUGUAAAGCAGAUUCUGAAUGAUAUUGAUUCACAACUGAUGGGUACUUUUAGUGGGGAGGACUUUGAUGCAGAGGUUGCAGAAAUAAGGGCAUCAGUGGUGAAUGAGGUGAAUGAAUUGGGAGAGACAGCUCUGUUUACUGCUGCAGAUAAAGGGCAUCUUGAGGUGGUAAAGGAGUUGUUAAAGUAUUCGAGUAGAGAGUGCAUUACAAGGAAGAAUAGGUCAGGCUAUGAUCCGUUGCAUAUUGCUGCUGUGCAAGGGCACCAUGCCAUUGUCCAAGUUCUACUAGAUCAUGACCCAACCCUGAGCCAAACAUAUGGCCCAUCAAAUGCAACGCCUCUUGUAUCUGCAGCUACAAGGGGGCAUACUGCGGUAGUCAUUGAAUUGUUGUCAAAGGAUGGUAGCUUAUUGGAAAUUUCUAGAUCCAAUGGGAAAAAUGCAUUGCAUUUGGCUGCCAGACAGGGGCAUGUAGAUGUUGUAAAAGCAUUGCUCAGCAAGGAUCCACAGUUGGCACGAAGGACCGACAAGAAGGGGCAGACUGCUUUGCAUAUGGCUGUUAAGGGGCAGAGCUGUGAGGUAGUUAAAUUGCUUCUUGAGGCAGAUGCUGCUAUUGUGAUGCUUCCGGACAAAAAUGGUAACACAGCAUUACAUGUGGCAACUAGGAAGAAACGGGUGGAGAUUGUGAAUGAGUUAUUAUUACUUCCUGACACAAACGUGAAUGCACUGACAAGAGACCAUAAAACAGCUCUAGAUAUUGCAGAAGACCUUACCCUCUCAGAAGAAUCAUCAGAAAUAAAAGAGUGCCUAUAUAAAUAUGGUGCUGUUAGAGCUAAUGAACUCAACCAACCAAGGGAUGAGUUGAGGAAAACUGUUACUCAAAUUAAGAAAGAUGUUCACACCCAGCUUGAACAAACCAGAAAGACCAACAAGAAUGUUCACAAUAUUUCUAAAGAGCUCAGGAAGUUACAUCGUGAAGGGAUCAACAAUGCUACCAACUCAGUGACAGUGGUGGCUGUGCUAUUUGCAACAGUGGCCUUUGCAGCCAUAUUUACUGUACCAGGUGGGGAUGAAGAUAGUGGGAUGGCAGUGGUGGUGAGCCAUACUUCUUUCAAAAUUUUCUUCAUCUUUAAUGCUAUUGCUCUUUUUACCUCAUUGGCUGUUGUGGUGGUUCAAAUUACACUGGUUAGAGGCGAGACAAAAGCAGAAAGACGUGUAGUGGUGGUGAUUAACAAAUUAAUGUGGUUGGCAUCUGUGUGCACUUCAGUUGCAUUUAUAGCCUCAUCGUACAUAGUGGUUGGCCGGAAACAUGAGUGGGCUGCUAUUUUGGUGACAGUUGUAGGGGGAGUGAUUAUGGCUGGGGUUCUUGGCACAAUGACUUAUUAUGUGGUGAAGUCGAAGAGGGUUCGCUCAAUGAGGAAAAAGGAGAAAUAUGCACGAAGGAGUGGAUCCACCUCAUGGCAACACUCUGACUUCUCCAAUUCAGAAGUUGAUCGAAUUUAUGCCCUUUAAUGUGUGAAUUUAUAACUUCUGGAAAAUCUUAAGUUUAAGAUUGUAGAUUAAAACAAUGGAUGUUGAAGCAAAUGAAGGUGUUAUAGUUAAAUAAAAAUGGUGCUUCCUAUGA